CGUUGGUUUUUCUGACCGUGUCUACUUCUCGCCUUCCUUUUGUAUCGUUUUCUCCCCUCUAUUUUUAUACCCAAUGUCAGACGAAUAUGAUGUCAAACGAGUAUCUGGGCGGUGUUAUAUUGACAAUGAAGAAUACUAUCUUAUUGAAUGGGAAGGUUACUCCAAGUAUGACAAUACCUGGGAAUGUAAAGCCAACUUGUUGGGCAACGAUGAAUUAGUACAAACUUUCUUGACCAACUAUCAACAACAAUAUCCUGAUGCUGACUUGACAACAACUGAUAAAAUCCUAUUGAAAGACGCCUUUGAUAUUAGUGUUGAGCCUAUUCCAAGUUUUGAUACUGAUCUCACUUCUACCACUACUUCUCUCAAGAGCAACAAGAAAAAAAAAUCCAGAAGCAAUAAGACCAACAAGAAGAAACAACGAAGAAAAAGUAGCUCAAGUGCGGAAUCACCAACUACGACAAUAUCAGAUCUCUCCUCCGUUAUAUCUACACCAACCUAUUUGGACAGUGAAAGCUCAGAUGUCAGUUUUACAUCAAUAUCUACUCCUAUUGAUGAUACAGAAGGUACCAAGAAGAAACGCCAAAAACUAUCUCCUGUCGUUAUUCCAGCCCCAUCUAUCAUUGACUUUCCGACUGUUGUAGGAAGAAGGACUAUUCGUGCUGUGGUUCAAGAUGAAAUGGAAUUGGAAGCCAUACAAUCAGCUUUGGAAAAUUCAAAAUCAAAAGCUAGUGAAAAGGGUCACGAAUUGAAGAAUUUACCAAAAGAAGGCAGACAACAAUUUUUGAAGGUGGACCCUCCAGUAUAUGUGUGUAAUGAUUACGACAGUAGUGUAUUCCCAGAAAUCUUUGUAUAUAUCGACGACCUUAUACUGCAUUCAGAUGUACCCGAACCUGAUCCGGACUUUCUUUCUGGUUGUGAAUGUGUGGGGAAAUGUAUCAAAGUUCGUAAUAGCAAGUUUUGUCACGAAGACUCGGCCUACCGUAACAAAGGGACUCUAAAAAACAAUUAUCAGGGUGCUAUCUACGAAUGUACACAGGCAUGCCAGUGUGAUGAAGGUCGAUGUCCUAAUCGAAUCGUGCAACGUGGUCGACAAGUUCCCUUGGAAAUCUUCAAGACUGCCAAAAAAGGAUGGGGUGUCCGAUGCCUGGCUCCUAUCAAGCAGAAUACAUUUGUGGAACAAUACUUGGGUGAAGUGAUUACUGAAGCUGAAGGUGUCAAACGUGGCAAGGUAUAUGACAAACUUGGGCUCUCCUAUCUUUUCGACAUGGAUUUGGCUGAUGGUGAAGGAUUACAAAAAUAUGUGAUUGAUUCUUUUAUUUGCGGAAAUGCAAGUCAUUUUUUUAAUCAUUCGUGUUCACCGAACUUGAUGGUAUAUGGUGUAUUUUAUGAUAGUAUGGAUCCAAGUUUCCAUCGAUUGGCCUUUUUUGCAAGACGUGAUAUCGCUGUUGGUGAAGAACUUACUUUUGACUAUACUGGAAUUUCAGACCAAAAUGACGAAGUUGACAAGACUUGCAAAUUCCCUUGCUUUUGUGAAUCAACGAACUGUAGAGAGUGGAUUCAUAGAUAGUUGUAGUUUAUUAUUCCCCCGUCGCACUCACUACUCUUUUAUACCUUUUUUUUUUUUUUAUUCUGAUUUCUUCUACUUUUUUUUUAUUGAUCAAUAAAGCUCUUUUAAAUCAAUCAAGCAUCUGCUCAAUAUUGAGGAUAUUAUUUUUAUUGGUUAAUGUGAACGGUUGGUUUUUGUUAAUGAUUGACCACCAUGUUAUUUGAAAUUCAUUAUCGUCAAUGUAUAUGUAUAUAUGAUCCAUGAUUCCGUCAUCAAUCAACUCCUCUCA